GGCGCUAAUGUACUUACACAGCUGCGAUCUGCCGCCAUGAAACAAAAGGAGAAGUAGCCAUCACAAUCACCAGCGCAACCCAACGCCGAGUCUUCAGAGCUUGAGAUUUUCUUCUCCAACCACACAGCAAUUCUUCCUCAGUGAAGCUAAUAUUACGUUGAUUAAUAGUUAAUGAUGAAAUAUCACUAUUAACCAGCAGGUGAAGAAUAGUUUAUCAGGGCACAGUAAGAAUAUGAGUGAUCCAGAAUCCUGCACAAUAAAACUGGAAGAUGUUGAAGAGCAAACAGACCUGCUAAAUGAAAACAAAGAGGAGGAACCGAUUAAAAGGGGAGAGAAAAAUGACAUCAAAACUGCAGAAAAACUGUCAUUGAAAAAAAAAGUGAACCUUAAACUUCACAUGAAGAUUCAUAAAGAAAUGAAGCCACACACAUCUGACAAGAUUUCCACAGGAGAAGAAGCCCUUACAGAUAACAUGAAAAUCCACUCUGAGGAUACAGUGAACGAUUGUGAUGAGACUUUCACAAAUACGGGAGAUCUUAACACACAAGUCUUAACUCACACUGGAAAGAAAGUGUACACAUGUGAUUUAUGUGGGAAGAGUUUUCGUGAUCCAAGUACAUUAAAAAUCCAUCAUAAAAGACACAAAGGUUUGAGGGAUCAGGUUUGCUCUACAUGUGGCAAGACCUUUUUUACAAAUAGCGCUUUAAAAGAUCACCAGUUAGUUCACUCUACAGAAACGCCUUAUAAAUGUUCAUACUGUGACAAAAGAUUCAAACGGUUACAAUAUGUGAAAAUACAUGAGAGAAUCCACUCUGGAAUACAGCCGUACACCUGUGAUCAGUGCGGGAAGAGUUUCAAAUAUAAAAGAGCUCUAGCUUUACACGGCAUAAUCCACACCGGAGAGAAGCCGUUCACAUGUGAUCAUUGCGAGGCGAGUUUUGCCAGAAGGGACGGCCUUGUUAAUCAUAAGAAACUCCACACCGGAGAGAAUAUGCACAAAUGUGAUCAGUGUGGGAAAAGUUUCAGAAGGUUUAGUGUUUUUAAAGAGCAUCUGCUGACUCAUACUAGAGAGAGAAUCUAUAAAUGCGACCAGUGCGAUAAAAGCUUUUUUAGGCCAGGUUUCCUAAGGGACCACCUAAAAGUUCAUACAGAUGAGAGGCCAUACGUGUGUUAUUUGUGUGGGAGGAGUUUUCGUUAUACAAGUGCAUUAAAGUUACACCAGAAAAGGCACGGCGGUGUGAAGGAUCAUGCUUGCUCUGAGUGUGGGAAGACUUUCAUUACGCAUAAAGCUCUAAAAGAUCACCAGUCAGUUCACACUACAGAAACGCCUUAUAAAUGUUCAUACUGUGACAAGAGAUUCAAACGGUUACGAUAUCUGAAAAUACACGAGAAGAUCCACACUGGAGAACAGCCAUACCAGUGUAAUUUAUGUGGGAAAAGGUUCACUUAUUCUGCUACUCUGUACAGUCAUAAAAAACGAGCAUGUGUGAAAACAGAGUAAGCAGUUUUGAGUUCUGAUCUUGUGCAUUUUAAUGUGAUUCUGCCUAGAGCUGAUAGUUUUGAUAAUUGAUCACGUUUUGUAGUUGGUUAGAAUGUACCAGUUGUAACUUAAUAAAACAAGAUAAUCAUU